AAAAAAAAUAAAAUCAGAGGGAGUGAAGAUUGGGUCUUUUCAGAUGUCAGUCUGUAGUGCAGUAAAAGAGGCUCUGGUAAAAUAGGCACGAUUGUUAUACCGGCUGUGCUUUCUGUAUGCAGAUUUAAUCUCAUCUUGGGGUGUCUGGGACCCCAUAAAUCAUACAAAGCAUGUCCAGUCUUUGGCCUCUGUAGUCACUGCUGCCAGUAAGCAGCGCUACCUAUGUGCGCCUCUGGAACUAACAGUAGCGCGCAAACUGCUAGAGAGAGAGGAGUUUGCUGCACAAUUUUUCUGUUAUAAAUGAUUUAUAGUUAUUUGAAUAAUUGUUCAAUUGCAUAAUUCAUAUUUAAUUGUUCUAACAUUUAUUAUUACUAAAAUGGACAACGCUUCGGUGUCAAAGGGUGUUUUUGCACAUAAAGGUAGUUACAAAAUUGGUAAGAAACCUGUAAAAUUUAAAUCAGUAGAUUAUUUCAAUGAACCAUGGUACCUUGCUUAUAAUGAAACGUGGACCAGCACUCAAAAAGCUGCUGAGGAUAUAAGAAUUAAUAUGUUCCAUGAACUUUUGGCCAAUUUAGAAUCUUUUGUCUCUAAAGUUAAAGAAACUCCAAUAGAACAGUUAGAAGAUGGGAUACAAACAGCUAUUGUAUUAACAGGAGUUAAUGUUCCUGAUCAUGAAACCAUGUUUGAAAAGACAAUCUCUAAAUUAGAAUCGAUAAUAAAACAUACAGCAAUUAUAUGGAGUAGAGAUUCAGAUGAUAUAAAAAGUAUUUUAGAGGAAUCAGUUUAUCAAUUGAUAAGUAGUAAACAGACUGAAGAUGCAUCAAUUAAAAAGAAUCAGUGUACCAUGCGAGUAUUACAUUCUUGGUAUCAGAAACACUGUGAUCCAAAUGAUCCUCUCCUUAUAAUUAUAACUGACUUUGAGAGCACUUCUCCAACAGUAUUACAUGAUUUUAUUUUAAUACUCAGUUCAUAUGCAAGUACAAUAAAAUUUAUUUUAAUUUUUGGUGUUGCUACCACUAUACAUGCCAUUUACAGAGCUUUAACAUAUGAUGCCUCAUCAAAAUUACACGUUCAUAUAUUCAACAUGCCAACUCAGUUGAAUACCUUAUCAGAUGUAUUAGAAAAUAUUAUUUUCUGCACUGAAAUACCCUUUAAAUUGACUGGGCGCGCUUUUCAGUUGUUAAUAGAUAUGUUUUUGUUUUAUGAUUUGUCUGUAGAGAACUUCAUUCAAAAUUACAAGACGUGUAUGAUACAACAUUUCUAUGCAAACAAUAUAAAUUCACUUUGUUGCAAACCACAGCAAAUAAAUAAUAGAAUAUCCUCCUUAACUGACGAGGAUAUAGAAGAUAUCAAAAAGAUACCUUCAAUAGAAAAGUAUAUUCAACAAUUGAAAGAGGACGAAAGAAAUCGAGUAGCUGUUGAAAACAAAAAAUUCCAGGAGGUACUAGUAAAAUUGUUAAAUAAAUUUCACAAGUACAUGGACCAAUUUCUAACAGUACUCAGGUGUCUGCAUCAUCUAAUGGCAUCAUUGCCAAACUCUCCAAUGGGCAAACAGCUACGAGAAUUCUAUAUGAAAGCAGUAUACACGAAGGAUUUAAGAGAAUGUAGCGAAUACAAAAAUUGCUUGGAUCUUCUGGGUUUCCUAUCAAAGACAGAAUUACUCUCGAAAUUGAACUCUCUUGUCUCAAUCAUCGAAAAAUCAAAUAAUUCAUCUAUGAGGAAGCUUAAAACGAGCCUCCAAGAACAUAUUUCAAUUAUUGAAGAAGCCAGUUUAGAUGUCGGUGCAACCCCUGCAGAUAUCGUCUCUGCCACUGAGAAACUCACUCGAGUUCAAUUACAAACGAAAUUGUUGAAAAUGUCCCAAACGAAGACACGAUCGCCAUAUAAACAGGCACAAAUAGACGUGAUCAAUUAUUUGGAUCAACAAGUAUUCGCUGUUUAUUUGAUCAAUCCUAAUCGCAUACCUGCUAAUGAGAUAUUUUGCUUCAAUGAUGGCAAUUUGGCGAAGCAGCACAUUCGUGGGUCUUUGAGGGCUGCUAUACAUAAUGCUUUGAGCGAUCCACAGCUGUACUUGAAUUGCGGUUGCUGCAAAUUGGAGGACGACGAUACCAUUGUGCCCACGAUGCCUGACCUGAGUAUAAUUUACAAGCUGCACUUGGAAUCCGGCACGCUGAUGAAUAUGUACGACUGGCUGCAGGCAUAUGCGACCAUAGUGGAUCCUAACAACGAAGCGAAGAAAAACAAAGAUAAAGAAGCCAAAAUACGAGCUCGUUUCACUCAAGCAGUCGCCGAAUUGGAGUUCCUUGGUUUCAUCAAGAGUUCCCAAACGAAAACGGAUCACGUGAAACGACUCACAUGAGGACCACCAUUCGCCAUUUUCAUCGAUCAUAAGCUUCAAGUAUUAUCGUCUGCGAAGUGAAAAUUUAUCUUGUCAUAUGUACCUUUUUUUUUUAAUAAAACGUUUGAAAAUAUUGCU